AACAGCGCCGCGUCUCCAUGGCAACGGCACCGCGACAGCAAACGGCAGGCGUCAUGGCGGAGCCGAGGAUAGCGAGGAUCAAACAGCCUAAAAAAGUUUUUGUUAACAGCAUAGACUCUUACUCAUCCAAGUACAUCUCCAAGCUGUUGUGUGAGUGCGUGCUUGGAGCUGCAGGUCCUGAGGAGGAGGUGGAGGAGGACCAGAACCACAGCUCAGCAGCAGCAUUCCAGCUGGUUGGAACUGUUUCCCAUCCAUCUGAAGGGGACAGGGAAUAUGUGCUGGAGGAGUAUUUUCUCCUGAGCAGGGAGGAGCUGCUGUCCAAGCUGAUGGACUGUGAUGUGGUUCUCUACAACAUCAGCCAGCAUGCUGAGCAGCUGGAAGAGGCUCUCUGGGCUGUUUCAGCUCUACACAAUGAAAUGGAGCAUUUUUCUGGACCAAAGCUGUUCAUCCUAAUCUCCACGGUUAUGACCUGGGCCUGCAGCAAGCCUGUCGAUCCUGAUGAUCUGGAGCUUCCUUUUACUGAUGAGAUCUUCUGGAGCAGAAGACCACAUCCAAACUUCAAACAACACAUCGACCUGGAGAAGCGGGUCGUCAAAAUGGGAAAAACUAACAGAAUGCUGUUCUCCACAUACGUGGUGGCUUCAGGACUCCAGUAUGGGAUGGGAGAGCAGGUCUUCCACUACUACUUUAAGAACUCAUGGCUGGGACAGGAACAUGAAAUAUCCAUCUUUGGAGACGGCAAGAACAUCAUUCCCACGAUUCACAUCAAUGACCUGGCGAGUGUGGUUCAGAACAUUAUUGAACAUCAGCCCAAACCAUAUUACCUGAUAGCUGUGGACGGUUCCAACAACACCAUGGAGCAGAUAGUGAAGGCAGUUGCCUCUGAACUGGGAUCAGGGAAGAUCCAGAAAAAGCCAGUUGAUGAAGCGUACCUCGUCCAGGAUUUCAGUGUAACAGAAAUCGAUUCCAUGCUGGUCAAUCUCCGCAUGGAGGCUGUUCACAUAAAGAAGCUGUUGUCUGUUAGCUGGCUGUGUGAGUUUGGUCUGGUGGAGAACAUUGAGCUGGUGGUGGAGGAGUACCGACAGACCCGCCGACUCCUGCCCAUCCGUCUGUGUGUUCUGGGACCACCUGCUGUGGGGAAAAGCACCAUUUCCAAAAAGAUCUGUGAACACUACAAGCUCCAUCACAUCACCCUGAAGGACACCAUCUCUGAGACCAUUUCCCAGCUGAAAGCUGCUGUGAAGAACGCUGGUCCAGAUGCCAAAGACUCAGCAGCAGAGGCCCAGGAGCUGCUCAGCAGCCUGAAGGAUGCUGGAGAGCAGAAUGAAGGUGUUCUUGAUGAGCAGCUGAAGGUGCUGAAGGAUAAACUGAUGUCUAACCCGUGCAGAAACCAGGGUUUUGUUCUGGAUGACUUUCCCAAGACAUAUGAACAAGCAAAAGAGCUGUUUGAAGUGGAAGAACAUGAUGGAGCAUCCCAGACUUUCUACAGCAGGAAGAUCUCACCAGAGUUUGUGUUGUACCUGGAUGCAUCAGACUCCUUCCUCAUGGAUCGAAUGAUCAACUUGCCGGAGAGGUUGGUGCAGGAGCACAGCUACGAGCCAGAGCUCUUCCUGAAGCGCCUGGCCAGAUACCGAGAGAACAGCACCGAUGAGGAAACCGUUACCAACUACUUUGUUGAGAUGGACAUCAGCCCUCUGUACCUGGAGAUCUCCAGCAGUGAUCAACCUGACUGCUCGCUGCUGAUGCAGAAAAUCGUUGACACGGUGGGCCAGCCCAGGAACUAUGGUCCAAGCAGCCGGGAGGUGGAGGAAGAGGAGGAGAGGAGGAAGGCUGAGCAGAGGAUCAGGAGAGAGAUCCAAGAGAGGGCAGAGGAGGAACAGAAGGAGGCUGAAGAGGCCAGGAGCAGAGCUGAACGCUGGGAGGAGUGGAUAAAGAGUCUGGAGGAGGUGAGGCAGCAGGAGGAGGAGCAGCUGGAGGCCCUAUCAGUCCCUAUGAGGAGCUACCUGAUGGAACACGUCCUCCCCACGUUGACCCAGGGUCUGACUGAAUGCUGCAGAGCUCAUCCUCAGGACCCAGUGGACUUCCUGGCGGAGUACUUACUAAAGAACAACCCCUUUGAAUACCCGCAGUAGAGCUGAUUUUCUGUGGACACACCCAGAUGUCAUGCACAGCAGAUACUAAACCGAGGAGAACAUUACGUUAAUUCGUCCUGUGUUCGUUUGGCUAUUAGGCUGAAGUCAAUUACAUGCAGCUUUUCUGUUAGAGCAAAACCUCCUGGAGUCUGUGAGACUUUUCACAGUAUUCCAGUCAUCACAAGCCAAGUGUCCCUCAGUUCAUGCUGGGAUUUUGAUUAGGUCUGAUUUGUAAGUGGCCCAUUCUCCCGCCCCUGUUGUAUUCAUACGCAGCUUUGUUUGGACUCUUGUGUGCUGGCCAUUACUUAAAAGCACCCUAAAAGCGGAUGAAAGUGUGUACGAAGCCAAAAGCUGAUUAGGAAGUUAAUUUGCUUAAUGAACUUGGUAAACUCCAAAGUAGACACGCUCGGGUCAUAAUUGCUUUGAUUUGGCUUCAGAUAUCCAGGAAGGAUAAAUGUUACAAAUGGCAGCUAAUUUGUGGCUCUCUCAUGUUGCCACUCGCAACUCCAAAGUGAACAUAAUUGGUUGCGACGGAACACCAAAUUAUUUCAUUGUACAUACUUAAUCACCACAUGGGGAAAUUAGUUGAGUUUAUUUGGGAAACAUUGUGAUGCAAGCUGCUGCAAGACAAUUUGACUGCACCAUCUGUGAUCUCGGCUACACACACAACACCGACUUUCCUCAAAAUGAAUCACACAUUUUGACAAUAAAUGUGGUAAAACAAUA